ACUUUUUGGCCACCUUGGGCAAAAUGUGUUGUAACUUAUAUCAGACCAUCUUCUCAAGUUGAAAUACAAGUUGCGGCGUUGCAAAAUGGGGUGAACGUAUGCCUCCCACGUAUUACCCACCGUCAGAGCUCCGGAUGCACCACUUCAUCAAAUUCAUAUGCCUUGAGAUAAUCAAUGCCAUACGACGCCGUUCUCUUGCCUCCUACAGUCCUACGGCUCUACAAUUUGAAUUCGAAAACUAAAAGCGAUUUCAGCGCGAUAUGACCUGCCGUGCCCGGUGCCCAGAUCCUUUUUAUAAUUCUCAAAAAUGGCUUCUCAAAUCCCUUACUCUGUCGCCGACGACAAGGACCUCGACGACGCAGCUUUGUGGGCCGUAAUCGAUACCGCCGCAGCCUCUCACUCAUCCUCCAAAUCUCGCAAGCCUCUCGCAAUCAAAUGUCCCAAUUUCCAGCCAGUAUCACCAAUCUCUAACCCCGCGCCGCCGACAAAGUUUACUAGAAACCCUAGGAUCCCUAACUUUGCUGACUCCGACCUUAGGAUUUCUUCCGAAGGCGAGGUGGUGCAGGAACCAUGGAUUUAUCGCCCACCACGCAAGGUGGCGAGGACUUGCGCUUCCGUAGUGAGCGAGAGUAGUCCUCUCCUCGUGGUCAGGAAUGUGCAGCGCACGCCCACCACGCCUGCGUAUUCGUCUCCCGAAGCGCAUUUGUCUCCGGAUAUUGAAAGGUUCGGCGUGAAGGAGAUUAGUGCUCGUUCGGAGGGCUCCCCGGGGAGGUGUGGGUGGAGCGAGGACCUAAAUAUGAGGCAUAGCUUGUCUGGGAGGUUCCCUUCGGUUUCCCUGUUUAAGGAGUAUCAGAAUGCAGCUAUGGCGAUUUUGGAGAAAACUGAUUACACAAUGAUUUCUGGGAAUCCUUUCAUAAAAAAAUCAGGCUGGAGGAAGAUAUCAUUCUAUUUCAAUCUCUCUUUUGAAAUCAAAGAUAAGACAAUUGAAUUUGAUGAGAACCGUAAUGUUCAGCGUGCUGAAUUUGUGGUUCGGGCAUACAUGCAAGGUGGUAGGUUCUCAGAUGGAUGGGGCUCGUGUGAGCGGCGUGAGAAGAGGUUCGUAAAACCAAAUCAUGAUAUACCAAGUACAGCAGAGACCAGAGCCAAAAAUAAAGCAUGCCAGGACCUGCUUGGAAUUGGAGAAUAUCGACCCGGUGCAAGCCAAGUCCAGCGAUGACAGGAUCAAUCUUGUAUCCAGUUAGCAUUUCUAGUUUACUGAAUCUUCGUUGCUCUAAAACAAAGAAAAAAAGGGUCAGAUUGCAUGUGGCAUUAGCAAAAAGCUCUCGGCAGUCAAGAAAUGUGCAUUGAAUUUGAUUUGAUCGAGAAUUGUAAAGGAAAAGCAAGCAAAAGUUUCAGUCUCCAUGUGCUUGUUGAAUGUGGAGAACGCUGCCUAAUUGCUUCUUUGUGAUAUUGAUGACAUUGAAGCAGAAAUAUUUUCUUUUUCCCUUUUUCCCCCUUUCUGGGUAGCUAAAAGUACUGGGGGGUAAGCCUGGUUUUUAAUUCUUUUUAACUUUUUAUUACUAA